GAGGAGGUAUUUGACUUAAAAAAUAUUGUCAUGCCGAUGCCUGCUAGUUCUAAGAAAAGAAAUCAACCCAUCAGUUAUAUCUUGUUUUUGAAGUCAAUUUUUUGGGAGAUUGAUUAUUUAUGCCUUUAUUUAAUGCAGUCUGAGUCGACUGUGCGGAAAGGAGAUUCCAAAGAAGUUCGAUUUUCAGGCAAAACUGACUUGAAAGACCUCCAAAUAAAAGCAGAUAUGAUUAAGAGACUGAUGGAACGUCGUUACAGGGUUAAGUGUACAGCUGUGGGUACUGAAGAUCAAGAUUUGGGAGAACUGUUAUCUCGUCUUGCUGCUCUGAUUGAAGAUGUUUCCUUUGUGGAAAGUGGGCCUUGGGUGGAGAAAAAACAAGCAUAUAUGGUAGUCAGGCAUAUCAAGUUUGGCCCCUCAAAGAAAGGUGCUGGAAAAAAGGCUUCCAAAGCUGUGGGAGCUACAAGUUUGCCACCUAACACAAGCCUCUCCUCUCAAAGUGCCGAAUGUUCCGAAGAAGAUUUGAGCCCAGCAGAAUCUGAAUCGGAAACCGAAGACAAUUAUCUUUAUGAUGAUGAUGAUGCCCCUGUUUCUGCUGCAGGAAUGCCAGAUGAAAAGCAUGAAUCAAACCAGACCUCCUGGUCAGUUUCUAAUGCAGGUGAUGAUUUUGAUCAAGUGUUCGACAUCAGUAGUGGGGCUAACGACAGAGAAAAGACUGGAAAUUUUUAUGGUGAACAAAAGAAUGAUGGAGCAGUAACGCCAUCCUCUCCAGCAGACCUUUUGCACCGCAGACUGGAACUUGAUUCCACCAGAGCUCAGAGAGUUCCCGCCUUCUCAUCUGAGCCUCCACGUGGGGCUGAAAAUAGGUACAGAAGAAGGGAACCCAGCAAUAGAAUUCCUGCGACAAAGCCUAUGGACAAUGCAGCUUCGUCUGCAAAUGAACCUGCAAGUUUAGAGCCUCAGUUCCUAAACCAGGGAAAACAACUGUUAGAUUUGAAUGGUUCUCCCUCAACGGGAGAUACAAAGCGACUUAGAACCAAUUCCCCUGCAUUCCAAAACUCGAGACUUCCUAAUGAGAUUCCUAGUCGAGGACCAUCUCAUCCUGGCACUCCCAGUUCAUCAGCAUCCGGUUAUGGGAUUUUUAGUGUUCCAAAGGCCAAUGGCACCGGGAGACAAGGUAUUGCCUCAGAUGUCAAUAUGGACAAAGAAAGAAGCACAGAUUUUGGGAGGGAUCCUAGCCCCAGACGGGUGCCAGAAAAUUUGAGCUUACCCUCCCCAAAGUCGAACGAGCCCCAAGGGAAGUGGGGAAUAUUCAGUAGAGAUGGUAACGUCCAACCUAAGGUGCAAAGGUAAGAAUUUGCAAUGGCUAGUUGGCUGGAUAUCUGCUGAAUUGCACCCUAGAUCCUUGGAGAAAAUUCCUGUACUUGGGCAACCUUUCCCACUUCCCAAACAGUUUUGGUUAAAAGAUUUUCCAAGCAUGUAUUACGCUAUUACUUGGCAUACGGUUUGGGGAAUUUGGUGACGAGAAUCCUAUAUAUGAGAAUAGGAGGCCAGUUCCUAAUUAAUUUAAGGUUAUGAAAGAAAGAACAAUUAUGUAUUUUGUGAUUGCUUUGUGGAAAUAAAAUAUUAGAUUCAUUGAAAAUUCUAGCAGAGGGAUAAAUAUACUGGGAAUUGUUGUAUUGUUCUUCCUAUUCUUAUUGUAAUUGAGAUAUUUAUAUAUGGAUGAGAAUGAAUAAGUGUUCUUGAUGUUGAAGAAUUAAA